GUCCCUUCUGCCGACCGUAUGGAGCAACGACCACGAGAAUGCUUGGGCCUGGUUCUGGACCAUUGUGGAGAAGAAGGUUGAAGAGAACAAGAAGCUCCCUGUCCACAACCACCAGUGCUUGAGGACUUUUCUGGCUCGCCUCGAUGAAGAGGCCCUUGCAAACUUUAAGCUGAAGGUGUUCGACUCCUUCUUCGCAAACUGCGAAGAGUCGCAGCUUUACUUGCGGGCGGCCAACAAGCGCUUGAUGUACAUCAUGGGGAGGAUCUUGACCAUCAUGUCGGACAUCUACACAAAGACCCACCAAGCAGUCAUCGCGCUGUCCGCUUUGGGCCUUCUUCAUGCCGGGCACGGAGUUCCGGAGGACUUGGUGCGGCCUUUUGUCGCAGCCUUCAUGGGUGGUAUCAAGGAAAACUGCCCAGAUGAGUCUAUGCACGAUGGGCUCUGGUGGACGUUGGAUCUCAUCGGCAGGAUCUUCAUCCGAACCCUGUCAGAAGGCUCCACGCCAGUAAUCAUCGCCAUCAACAGGAACACAUCCAAGGCUAUGAAGCUGGCUGUGGCAAACUAUCCUCGUGGAGAGCGUGGGCACCGAAUCGAUGUCCCGCUGAUUUGGGCGAUUGAGAAGGGUGCACUGGAGUCUGCAAAAGAGAUCCUCAACGAUUUAUUGACCAUGCGUGCAGACCGUGCGCGGUAUUACUACGGAAUGGAGAUGCUGUUCACCCGCCAUUCUGACAUCAUCAGCCUGCUUUGCACCACGGCACCAUCGCUCCUGCCGACCUUGUUUGAUGGGCUCAUUUGGCGUUCCAAGAACGUGAAGAAUGGCAUGAGGCGCGCGAACUACUACAUCGCAUCCUUGCUCAGGGGCGAAGAUGGUCAGCUGACAGAUUCCCUCCUGGACCUGAUCAAGCAUGGUGACCCCGAGAUCAUCUGUCAUCCCACGGUAGUCUUUCAGGCAGAUCUUCUCUGGACUCGGCUUUGUUGCUUGCCAUGGGCUUUGACAAAGCUGUGGUUCUGUGUCACCCUCGUGGUCUACGUCAUGGCAGAGCAGCAAGCUGUGACUUCAAGCGAUCCCUUGAGUCAGGAGCGGUUCACCACCAUUGUCUGCCGGGCGUUCUUGUACAUUGGCAGCCUGGGGCAGCUCUUCGCCAAGCAUGCCUACCAGACAUACAGGGCAGUUCGACAGAAGCAGAUGACACGCCGUACGCUCUGCUGCGAGCCCGUGCUCCAUUGCCUUGCCGUCAGCAGCGAGUUGUUGACAAACUGCUGCGAGUACGGCGAAUGGCAGUGUCAUCUCAUCCGCACGUACAACCGCCUCGCCGCCUUUCCCAUGAUGCUCUACUUUGUGCUUGCCUCCGAGUUGGUGCACUUGAAUGUCAGCCUCUCCGUCUUCAGCGUGAUCUGCUCAUGCCUGAUGUGGGAAUUCAUCCUCUACGUGGCAGUUUUGGCAUUCUUCACAGCAGCGUUUGCGUCGGCGGUUGCUUGCCUACCUCCGUCUUUAGGCACUGACUCGAUUCAGAUGCGGGACUUCUUCAGCUGGCCCCUCGCUUUUGAGUCUCUGCUAUCCUCGGCCUUCAAUGUCUAUGGCAGUGACAACUACGAGCAGAUCUCAGUUGCAGAUGAGCCGAUGCUGAAGUGGAUUGUCAUGGCCUUCGCCGCAUGCUGGCACGUGUACCUCAUGAACCUCAUGGUCGCACAGCUUUGCCAGCGCUACAACGACAUCUACCACGACGCACGGGGCAAUGCUCGCCUGACGCGUGGAAUCAACAUCUAUGAGACCUCCAUGCCCCUGAUUUCCAAGAAACGUUGGACAGCCUUUGUGGAGUCCUUGCACUUGGAAGAGGCUUGUGAGCUCGAUGAGGGUGACAAUGGCCCCCGUGGUGCAGUGCCCACUACUGAGGACCCGUACGACUACUGGCAGUAUCCAAAGGUGGAGCUGGAUCGCGUUCAGCGCUAUGGUGGCCUUGCGAAUCCAGCACUUCCGUGGCCAUCCCUCGAGGAGGCGGUGGAUGACAGCGCUGUCGGCAAAUUGACGCGAAUGACGCAAGCCAAGUUCGAGGAGAUGGACAGGCUCAUGGUGGACAUGGCCAUCAAACUCCAGGUUCGUCCUCCAGGGACCUCCGGUGGAACCAAGGAACCCUCAGCCAUGCAUUCCGAGAAGCGCGAUGAAAGCAAGAUUGAUGGUCACGAACAGGACGUCGGCACCGCGAAGGAAACCGACAUCUCUAAGGAGCUCGCCGAACUCUCAGAGGAGCUGCCUGUGAACGAAGCGACUGCGAACGAGCUCGUGCAGGAGCGCACGGAGGAAGGAGAGGCCAUGUCUGUGACCCCGUAUGAUGUGAACGGUACAUCUGUGGUGAGCGGAAGUCCGUCCGUGGCCGAGUUCGAGAAGAAGGUCGCGCAGACUGGUGCGAGCAUAGUGGGCUUGGACAUGGGUGGCGCCGAUGCCGACUCGCUUGAGAAAAAAGCCAGGGAGCAAAAGAGGAUUAUGUUCCUGCUGCUGCAAGAGUUGAUGACCUCUCCAUUGGAGAAAGAGCUUCUGUUGGACAGACCUGAUGUAGUUAUGACGGAUUUCGCCACCCUGGCGGGCUGCGCCGUUGCCCAGAAGCUGGGGAUACCGUU